AAACAAGAUCUUUAAUAUCGCAUCUGCCUCGAGUUUUUCGGCCUUCCUGUACAAUAUCAUCAUACCCACGACUUGCGACGAUUCUCCUUCAUUCCCAUCGGCAUUCCUGCUUUCAUCAAUCGCCCACUGUCUCGAAUUCCGGCCGCAUACCCCAAAAGUUCAUCGUACGAUACACCAUCUCCUUGCUUCGUACCCGCGAGUCUCGAUCUACAGUACAGAGCGCAGCGUCCACGCCCUCGCUACUUUCGCCUUCCCUCUCGGUCUGGAAUAUACACAAAUGUUGGGCGAGGGGCGUUGCAUCUAGAACGGGGAUCUGUACUUUUCCUGAAUUUCCUUGAUUUCCAUGUCUCAUUUGUUUGAGGUGUCUGAAUACUCUUGUAUCACCACCUUGUUAUUGUUUUCUGGCUACACAAAAUGGGAAUCUUGGGAGAAAUUUUGGCAGCUGGGCUCUUGUUUCUCAACUGCUGCGAUAUCGUCUCAUGUUUUCAACACCAUUUUUGCUGUAUUAUUUUAUGUUGUCAUUACUUCCUGUGUUUGUGGACCCGGCUUCUGGUAUGGUUUGCAAUGGCUGCCCCGAUACUUCACGGGGCUGGAUCCUGAUCGAUUUGUUGGGACAGGGAUGGCUUGGACUUGGCUGUGGAGACGAUCAUAUACCCAUCAUAGACUGUAUGAAGAUCUUCUGCAGAGAAGGACAGGAAGAAAGAAGACUGGAAGAAAGAAUGCCUUUUGGGAUUACAGCUCAGUCAGCGAUAACAGCGUUCUGGGCAUCGAAAUUAGAUAAUAAGAAACUACUUAAUCUUCGCUAUCUCUGAGCCUCAAACUUGAAGUGUCCAUUUCUCCAAGGCCAGACCUUGGGAUCAUCAAAAGCAUC